UCCUGGAGUUUCUUUCCCUUUCUACAUGGUUGCCUGCAGCUCCGGAUGGAGCUUUGGAUUAACCGGAGCCACUCCAUGCCGAGCUCCGGGGCUGGGACAAACCCACCCCGCACCCUUUUCCUGGCUGGUGGCUCUGGAGCUCCUGGGCUGCUGGAAUCGCCCUGCCCUGGGGCUUUGCUCCUGCAUGGAGAGCAGAGGGCCACGGCCCCGCUGCAGCACCUCCGGAGCGCGGAAAGUGAAAGCAAACAGAAAGCAAACAGACACUUCUGUUUUGCAGCUCCGGUUGCAGGGCCCCCAGUGCCUGCUGGGCAGGGACACGCGUGGGCAGCAGCGGGGACAGCUCCAGCGGGAACGCCAGUGGGACAGGGGCAGCACUGGUAUGGGGGCACCGUGGGGGGGACACCUCCAGGGACACCAGGACGGGAGCGUGGGGCUGCUGACGUCCAGGGACCCCCAUCUCCGCUGCCUUUGGUGGAGGUUUCCACUCUGCCCCAGUGCUUUUGCUUCCACUACGUGUCGCGGCUGCUCUCCCCAUGCUGCGGCUUCUGCGGGGUGCAGGGUCCCCUCCUGCCGCAUAGGGGAACUGUCCCUGUCCUCAGCCCCACGGGCACUGCUCGCCCCCGCCAACGCAAUCCCUUGCAUCGCCCGAGCUCCCGCUGAGCCCCAUGGCCCUGGGGGGACAGGGACCCACAGCCAAGGCACGGGAACAGCGCGGGGUUGUGGGGGUGCAGCUCAGCCCCAUUGCCUGGUGCAGGAAGGGACCCCUCAGCUGCUGAUGGACAUGAGCCGCGACGCCUUCGACGAUCAGUACGAGGGGUGUGCGGAGGCGAUGGAGGCAGCGGGGCCGGCGCUGCUGGAGCAGGAGCGGGCGCGGGGCAAGUCCCGUCUGUUCCGCAGGGUGUGGGGCCGGGCUGGGGAGCGCUGGCAGUGGGUGAAGGGCGCGCUGGCCCCCCGCCUGCCCCCCGGCUUCAAGGACGAGUACGGCCAAGCGCUCAUCGCCUACACCGACAACGACCUGCACCGCGUCUUCAACGCGGCCGUGCGGGCGGCCGGGCGCUCGUGGGCCACCUACAACGCCAGCUUCCCCUUCAAGGCGCUGCACUUCUACCUGACCAGAGCCCUGCAGCUGCUGCGGGGCCCCUGCGAGGCCGCCUACGGCACCGCCGUGUUCCGGGGCCUGGCGCGUGCCCGCUACGCGCUGCGGGGUGCCAGCCCCUUCCGGUUCGGCUCCUUCGCCUCCUGCUCCUUCAGCAGGGAGCGGGCCGAGAGCUUCGGGCAGGACACGUUCCUCAGCAUCCGCAGCUGCUUCGGGGUCCCCAUCCACGCCUUCUCCCUCUACACGGAGGAGGAGGAG